AUAGUUGGCGGCUCCGAAACGCGUAAACAAAUGCUGGGAGUUGAGCACAGGGGGAACACGAGCAGACGAGAGCUAUCUGUGGUGCAAGUCCAGCGCCCCCGACUACUGAAUGGGAGGAGCCCCAACAGCAAACCAUAAAAAAAAAUGAGGCUGAUCUCAGCGAAAAGGAAACAGACAGACCCGUAGAAGGAGAGUGUUGAGGAAAGGCGGCUUGAGAGAAAAUACUGGUAGUGGUCGCGUUUCCCCACCUCCCCUACGGCGCUGCUCAGUCCUGGUGAAUUUCUGCACAGAACUGUCGACUGCAACCUCUCUUCUCAACUGCUGCUCGAAAACAGCAACUUCGCUCGUAUUUAUUACUCUUUGUUGUAAAAAAGAGAGAGAGAGAACCCGAACAUUUUUUAAGACGGGCUUUUUUUUUUGUUUGUUGUUGUUGUUGUUGUUUCUCUGCGAUCCGUAGACGUCAGGUUUUUCUUCUGCGAGGUGGUGACGAAGCGAGGAGACCAAAAUGAGUUGUACUGUUAGCAGUUUCUUCGCCACUCUGGCGGUGCUGCUUCUGUGGCGAGUGAAAGAAAUAGCGGAAGGUUGCAGCUGCUCACCCGUCCACCCACAACAGGCUUUUUGCAAUGCAGAUGUAGUGAUCAGGGCAAAGGUGAUUGGAGGUAAGGAAGUGGAUUCUGGGAACGACAUCUAUGGCAACCCAAUCAAGAGAAUCCAGUAUGAGAUCAAGCAGAUCAAGAUGUUCAAAGGCCCAGAUAGAGACAUAGAAACUGUCUUCACUGCCCCCUCUUCUGCUGUGUGUGGAGUGACUCUGGAGACCAAUGGCAAAAAGGAGUACCUCAUUUCAGGCAAGGCAGAAGCGGAUGGAAAGAUGCACGUGACCCUGUGUGACUUCAUCGUGCCCUGGGAGUCCAUGAGCGCCACUCAGAAGAAGAGUCUGAACCAGCGGUACCAGAUGGGCUGUGAGUGCAAGCCUCCCCCGGGAUGCUGUGCAGCGGCCGGCGGCGGCGCUGGCAAGGAAGACGAGCGCGGCCCCAGCUAA